ACCUGAUUCACUAACAUAUUUUUUUGCAUAAAUAAACAAGGAAACAAAAUUAUUUCAUAAAUUUUAAAGUGUGCAAAAUGAUUGCUACAUCAUCAUUAAUAUUAUCAUUGCCAUCGGCAAAACAUACUAUAAAUUCAGGAUUAGUGAGAUUAAGUACAAUCUACAUAAUCUUGAUCUCAUCUUAUUUUGUUGAUUCAAAAAAUCUGAUACUUCAGCAAGGAAAAAAUUCUAACUCAAUAUUCGAUGAUUUAUUAUUUGUUGAUAAAGAUUUAGCUAAAUCAGUAAUCUGUUCACCUCAAGCAGAUCAAAAUAUAUGUUCACGUUUAGAAGAUGUUUGGAAUAAUUAUGAAUUCCUAAGCAUGAAAACGUUAUAUGCUCUGUUCUGUUAUGCGAAUACUUGUAACACUUCAUCAUCACCAUUACCAUCUUCAUCACGUAUCUGGAAAAAUCAAUUGUCAAAAAAUAAACGUUCAUUAUGCAAUUUUAUUGGAUGCACCAGUGACAUUUAGGCAAAAAUCACUGUACACAAGAAAAUAAUUCGAGAAUAAAAAACACUUGUUUCGUUAUGACUUUUGCUUCGUUUCUAAAGGAAAAUGAAAGAUGUAAAGUAUAAAAGUAUUUUAACUUUUAUCUAUUCAUAUAUAUUUUAAACUUAAGAUAUUAUGAUCCUUUUUGAAGCAACUUCAUUAAAUGAUUGAUUGUAAGAGUUAAUUUGACUGGAUGAAAGACAGUAUGAUUUGAGAAACUAACCAAAAACCAACUCAAAACGUUUAGCCAUCAUGUGUGGUGUUCACGUGAUGCUUAAUCAUACUAGCUGACUUCCCAUACUUUAGAAGGUAAAUUAGGAUUCAAAAUCGUCACCUAUUACUUGAAAAUUCAGUUUACAAAAACAUCCAAAACACAUUAGAAAAUGAACAUACGCUCUUGAAUACAUUAGCUGAUAAUUAAAUACCUAUGGUAAAUUAAAUAAAAAUGGUUUUGUCUCACUGCUUUAAUCGCUUAAAGUAGAUCAUUUGAACCUUAUGACAACUGAAGUCUAAUUUCAUAGCUAUUCAUAGUCUGACAAAUGUACGACAUUCAAAAGUAAAAAACUGACACUCUUCCCUCUCCAUUUCAUUAUGUUGAGAGAAAAUCAUCAAGUAUUUGAUAGAGAAAAUCAAAAUGUCUUCAUAACUAUCGGUGGAAGUUAAAUAUUAUAAAACCAUUCACCCACCUAAGACACUAUUCUCAUCUAAGAAUAUAGAAGUAUGUAUUUGUUCAUUGACUGAAGGAAAUCGAUAGGAAGUUCUGUUCUUACGGUUCAUGCUUGUUGUACUUGUCAACAAGCACAAAGUCUAGGUCAAGAAGAGCUUUCUGUUGAUUACCUUCAACCGGCUAACACCUUUCAAAAUGCAACAUGAUAGUAAGCUUCCUUAUCUUUAUAUACCAGAUGUUUAUUAACUCUGGUUCAUGGUACCACUAUGUGAAGAGUUUUAAUAUGUUGAAUUUACGUUAGCAUUACUGACAACAGAAAUGCGUGUAUGUUUCUCCAGCGAAACACACGAAUAUAUAUGAGGCUAAAUAACAUCAAAAUUUUCUGUGUAUGAAAAGAAUAUAUUAUCUUUCUUUUCUGACUAUGGUUCAUAAAAUCAAGAUGCGAGAAAAGCAGAAACAGACAAAUGCUACAAAGCGUGAAUAUUCUUGUUUAUUUGAAUAAUUACUCCGGUAAAUUUACCGUGAAUAUAAAACGUAACCAAACCUAUAUAUGUAAAACUUAAAUAAUUAUUUGACAUCAAAGUGUUUAGAAUAAAAAUUGAGACCAAAAACUACAGCCUUCGAUCAUAAUUCGUCUUUCUAACAUACCACACAACAACAUAAACACAGUAAUAGCACGUGAACGCCAUGCGUACACAGUCAUUCUUCAACAAUUAUAUCAAGGUAACCAAAUGACCUUCAUAACUGAUUUUCAUGUUCUUAGAGCUCAUCAUUUCGUAGAAUCUUCCGGAUAUCGUAACUAGAUGAAAAACCACGCUCGUGGACUUUAAUCAGUUUAGACUCGAUAAACAAUGAAUUAGUAAUAAGUUCGUCUGUCUACGUAUUCAAUGCUUCCUGCUACUAAGGGGUAUAUACAACAUUGAGGAAAUCAUUGUAACCUAAAUUUUAUCGUUCUUAUAUAAUCUCUUACUGUAGUGAUAGUUGUAAGCUAAGUAUGAUAAUUGUUUGGUGUUCUCCUAGCCUUCAGUUUUGUUCUUGGAUGCUUCAUAACCAGAUAUAUUGAUUGGUCACUAGUUCUAAGUGCUGAUCAAAUUCUACAUGAGGUUGAUCACCCUCCAGCCGCCAAUCAAUGUACACAGUCCAGGCCAAUCGUGGCCAGAAUUGCUGGAUAAUAGCACUGAGUGACGCUGGUUCAAAUAUGACGUGGGACAUCAGUUCCAUCGACAUUGCACAUAUACCUAACUGACUAGUACCAAAAACUGCGAAACCAAAGUUUAGAACUUCGUUCCGAUAACCUCCGUCCUACUAGGUUUAUGACUAAACUAAGCAGCCGUAUGAUAUUUCUUGAUGACUUCAGUCAGCACUGAACAGUACACUAAUUAAUAAGUUGACUGGAAGAAAAAGGAUUUUUGAAUACAAAUGCACUGAGGUGAAUGAGAUUUAUUCAAGUGGUUAGUUCACAGUAUAUAAAAAGGCUAUCCUUUUGACUAUCUGAGGUAGCCAUUAAUACUGGGUGAUCAUAGGCAAUCAGUGUAAAUCGAUCAAGCGUUAGUAACGUGUCACGAAUUCACAUGAUAGUCGGUGAAAACCCUCGGUGAUAAAAGUGAAAUAAAAAUCUGGUCAGUAGUCGGACGUCGUAGCUCAGUAGAUAGAGCAUCAGGUUGGAAACCCGGUGGUCGCUGGUUCGAAUCAGGUCAAGGUCUGCAUUUUCAUUUUACCUUAAAUCAUCGCUCAGUAUAUAAAUAGAUAACAGAAAUAUCUGUCGUACUCAUAUCCUUCAGACUUUAACCAAGUCUUAAAUAGUAAUAUGCAACAAAAAAUAAAAACUCUGUCACCUUAUUUAUGCUUUAAAAAUAUUUAAGAUGUUUCAUUUUUAUUCUUACAAAGAAAACUGAAAUACUAUUUACUGUGAAGAAGAACCUAAGUUCUUAACAACUAGAUUCAUCCCAAGCGGGUUAAAUCGGGGUAAAUCAAAGGUUGUUUCAUAAGUAAACUCCAUGUACACAUAUUCUUGACUAUUUACAACAGAAUUAAUAUUUGUAGCCUUUUACUCUCUGAGCCUGGGGUUACUCGUAAAACCUUAGAUAUCUGUAAGAGGUUUACGUUACAAGCCAACUUCAGGUAGAGUAUCCCUUAGACCAGGUGAAAUCAUAAUCCAAUAUCAUCGGUGAGCAUUUGUGCUCGCAUUUGACUUGCAUGAUUCUACCAGGUAUAGCUUCCUGUCACAACCUCGGUUAAUCUGCCUCCAAUGAAUGCUGGAUCAUUAUUUGACUGCGUGAUGAAACUUCCUAGAAACAUGAAAUUCCAUCGCUACACGUAUAUCGAUCCUAAAUGAUGAGAAUGACGGUAAUUAAACCUUUCAAUAAAGCACUGACUACUAGCUUCAACUGAGCGGCAAAACCUGUGAAAUUCUUAGGUCUUUCCACGCAUCGUCAUUUGAACUAGUUGAUUAGUCAAAGCUAAGUGAUUUUGAUACACUUUUUACUUUAAUUUUGAUUGCCAAAAAGCAGUUUACCAAAUGGUUUGCCAUCUUUAUGACAAUCAAAUUAAGGCGAUAUCUGCCAUGCUAGUGAAAACUAUGUAACCAAAAUUAUACAGUUCACUUUCGACUUAGCAACACACUUUAACAACUGAAAACAGUAUUCACACUGAAUUACUGCUUUAUGAAAAUAAUCACAAUACUAUGUUUAGCAUAUUGUAAAGGAUAUAUAGGGACAAUGAUCUCGCUGAAGACUAACAAAUUAUUCAACAGGCUAAAUAAAGCAACAAUAAUAAUCAUAAAACCUUUGAAUAACAAAGAUAAGAUUGAUUUGACCGAGAAGGGAAUCACACAUAUCUUCAGAGAACUGUUUCAACAGAAACUGACUGAUUACUCUACACCCAGUAAUCGUAAACUCCAAGGGUCUGCCAAAGAUACAUAAACAAAAGUGAUUAUUGUCAUGUCAUCGAAAGGUCACAUUAUGGCUUGCAGAAACAUUUUAGAACCUAUACGUCAAGGAAUGGCUACAAAAACUCUGAGGAAUUCGUUCCCGUUCUUUGAUGAUAUAAGUGAAAUUAAAAUCUCUAAUCAGUUUAUGGUAUCCUUCUCCAAGAUUUCCAUUUAUAAUCAGUUUUACACGAACAUUGGUCAAAACAUUAUUUUAUACAACUAGAAGUGUGUGUUCAGGUGAUAAAUUGUAAGAUUUGUUGAGCAAUGGAAACAUACUAUGAAACAACAGAAAUUGACCAAUAAACAUGGAAUAUCUGAAGACAAUAAGUUUAAAAAAGUUACCGUAAACAAGAAACCGUUUUUAUUGAAGUCAAGUUCAAAGGUGACGAUUUCUCUGAAAUAAAUAAUGAAAGGCUUAAAGCUGUACCGCACAGAACAUAUCUUGUAGCCAAGUUAAUCCCCCUCUGUCGAACAACGUGGCAUGUUAAAUCAAACGUCAGCUGAUUUAUUUCCCACGCAACUUUGUGUACACGUUUACUUGCGUCAUGAGUGGAGACAGAUAGGCAUCCUUCGAAAGUCUCAGGAGAACAAAAAGUCUUCUGCAGUGCAGUCGCUUGAAACAAAGCAUGACAAAGAUACUCUGGAGUCCUUCAUAGUAAUCAACAAAAAAUGCAAUUUGAAUAUGCUCAUUUUCGUUGAGGCUGUAGUAAUCAAACGAAUAAAAUAGGAAGUGUGUUCACAAAGGUGUGGAACUCUUUCAGUGCCUUGGUAACCUAACAUUUUACUCUUCCUCUUUCUUAAUAGCAUCUUUACUUUGACUGAACCUGUUUGCUGUUGAUGCAAGAUUUUCAUCAUAGUCUUACCGACUGAGUUCAACCCACCAUAUACUUAUACACAAUUUGUUCAUUGCUUAUCACCACCUAGCCAACUUGUUAUUAGUCUUACGUAGUAUUUCAUUACUGUUUCCAUUGUCUGCUUGAAUUUCUCCUUGAAUUACUAAUAUUACUGAAACUCCCUACCAAGUCUCGUUAAACUUAUCGAGAUUUUAGUAUUCGUUACUGGAUGAAAACGUUUCCUGUCGACUAACUUCAUUUAACCACAAAAAGCUUGUUCAGCUUCUUUUCUGAUAUGAUAUUUAAGCGUUUCAGUUUGUAAACAGCUAAUGAGAAAUCGGUUAAAUAAUAUACUACCAUUUUAUU